AUAUUCUAUGCAGAUAAGUCGCAAAGUCUAUAAAAGAGGAGCUCUGUAAUAUCCCAGGCACUCGUCAAUAUGCUACAGUUGAAGGGACAUUUUAACUUCUUUUUUGUUUUUGUUAUUGCCCUUGUCACGUGCCAGAGAUUCCCAGGGGAGAAGCCAGGACGGUGCCCUCGGAAUGACGUCAUAACAACAUGUGACUGUCCACCUGGUCAAACCCAAUGUACACGUGACAGUGACUGUUGGCAAGAUUUGAAGUGUUGUUCCUUUGGCUGUGGUUGUAGAACUUCCUGUGUACGACCCGUGUACGGGCCCGGAUCACAACCAGGAGGCUGCAUGUAUAAUGGCCGAUUUGUUGCGAUUGGAAGAUUUCCCGCUGACGACGGGUGCAAUACAUGUGGGUGCUCAGAGAAUGGUGAAGUCUGGUGUACAUAUAUAGGUUGUCGUGGUGUUUGCUCAUUGCCAAAAUUACUAGGAACAUGCUACGCUUAUUUUCCAAGAUGGUGGUACAACAGUUUAACCAAUCGGUGUGAAAUGUUCAUCUAUGGAGGCUGUGGCGGUAACUUUAACAACUUUAGAACAAUAGACGAAUGUUACCGGAGCUGUGGAAGGCGAGAUUGGUGAGGUGAAUAUACCAGUUGAUUGAAGGAAGGAAUAUUUGUAGAUUAAAUAACUAAAUUGAAGUACAAUAAAAAUUAAGUUACA